GGGGAUAAUUCCAGCCCCCUCCACAAGGGAUCAGGACAAAAUCACCCGGAGAGGGAGGGUCACGACUCCAAGAAUUGAGACCCCCCCCCAGGAACGGGGCCAGGACCCCCAGGGGGACACGGCCGAGCCCCCAAAGUGACGGGGUCAGGUCCCCACGGAGGGGCCCCGCUGGCCCCCGCCUUGUCCCCUCGUCCCUCCCAGCCCGGCCAGCAGCCAGGGUAUAACGUUACCUCCGACCUUCCCGGGGGGCAGCGCCGGAGCCCGCCCGGCUACCCCCACCCCCCCGUCCCCAAAAAUGGAGGAGAAAUCACCCAAAAUCCCAGCCUCCGUGCCCCAGUUCACCAACUGCCCCACCAUGGUGAUACUGGUGGGGUUACCUGCCCGCGGCAAGACCUACAUCUCCAAAAAGCUCACCCGCUACCUCAACUGGAUCGGCACCCCCACACGGGUGUUCAACGUGGGUGAGUACCGGAGAGAAGCCGUCCCCAGGUACAAGAAUUACGAGUUCUUCCGUCACGAUAACCCCGAGGGGGUGGAAAUCCGCAGGCACUGCGCUCUGACCGCCCUGAAGGACGUCGGCGCCUACCUGAGCUCUGAGGAGGGGCAGGUGGCGGUGUUCGACGCCACCAACACGACGCGGGAACGCCGGGAUGUGAUCCUGCAGUUCGCCAAGGAGAACGGGUACAAGGUCCUGUUUGUCGAGUCCAUCUGUGACGACCCCGCCAUCAUAGAGGAGAACAUCAAGCAAGUGAAGCUGAGCAGCCCCGACUACAAAGGCCGCGGGCAGGACGAGGCGGUGGCCGAUUUCCUGAAGCGCAUCGAGUGCUACAAAGCCACCUACGAGCCCCUGGACGACGAGCUGGACAGCGGGCUGUCCUACAUCAAGAUCUUCGACGUGGGCGUGCGGUACCUGGCGAACCGCGUGCAGGGCCACGUGCAGAGCCGCAUCGUUUAUUACCUGAUGAACAUCCACGUCACGCCACGCGCCAUCUACCUGAGCCGCCACGGAGAGAGCCAGCUCAACCUGCGGGGACGCAUCGGGGGCGACUCGGGGCUGUCCCCUCGUGGGCAGCAGUACGCCCAGGCGCUGGCCCAGUUCAUCCGCAGCCAGAACAUCCGGGAGCUGAAGGUGUGGACCAGCCACAUGAAGCGCACCAUCCAGACCGCCGAGGCGCUGGGCGUGCCCUACGAGCAGUGGAAGGCCCUCAACGAGAUCGACGCCGGGGUGUGCGAGGAGAUGACCUACGAGGAGAUCCAGGAGCGUUACCCCAAGGAGCUGGCGCUGCGGGACCAGGACAAGUACCGCUACCGCUACCCCAAAGGCGAGCUCUUCCUCUUCCUCCUCCUCCUCUUCCUCCUCCUCUUCCUCCGGCGACGCCGCGAGGCCGCGGGGGGCGGAGGGGGCGGGGCCCCGCGCAGGAAGCGGAAACGCCGGGCGGGAAGGGCGGAGGGGGCGUGGUCGGGGGUCACGUGA